CUCUUUCUCCCGCGGACAGCAAGCAGGGGGAAGGGCGUGAGCGAGAGAGGGGCUGAUCUGAGCUGGAGUCACCGGCAGCCGCCGCCUAGGGAGCCCUGAUUGACGCAAACCUGCCAGCAGCCGCGCACUGAACACGAGGCAGAGCCGCAGCAGCAGCACAAGGAGCCGGCGGCUUGCUCCAGAACAACACAAAGGCGGAGCCGCCGCAUCGCCCCGGCCAGACACCAGCCGGGCUGCCGGCAGCGCGCGCCUCGGGGAGCCUGAGCCCGCCGCGUCCCCUGGGCAGGUCCUGGGCUCCGGGCUCGGCGACUCUGCCUCUCCUCCCAGCUGCCUAGCUCCGGGCUCGCCAGCAAGGGGAGCUGCUGUUGCUGAUGGAUGCCGGGAGGUGCCGCAUUGCCUAGGUUUUUGUUUGCCUGGCGAGCUGUCUCCCCAGCCCUUUUUUCCUUGCUGCUGAGGACUGUGCGUUUUGCAGAGCGAUUGAAUUCAGCCGUCCGGGAGAAGGAGGAGGAUGGGCCGGAGACCAGUCCCUCCAAGGCGGCGUGCAGUGCGUGGGAAGACCUGGCUGAGAUAAAUAAAAUAAAAUAAUAGAGCGGGGGUGGGGGAAAUACAACAACCAGCACCAGAUCCCGCGGGUACCAUCUGAGAUCGCUGUGUGUGUAGGUGGGGAGAAGGAAAAAGCCCACCCCAAGCCAUAGGCAGUUUUUGUUUUCUGGAGUCCUUGUCUGCGCUCAAGAGGAUCUUUAAAUAUAGACCAGCAAACGAACGACAUGUAGCUUUUUUUCCUUUUCUUUUUAAAUCAAAGAAAAAUGCCUCUUAACCAUGGCAGACCUUGGUCUUAAAUAAAUGGUCCUUCUUUUGGAAAGCAACCUCUACCGGGAACUCUCAGUUUGAGGAACCACCUUUAUUUUAUUUAUUUAUUUAUUAUUAUUAUUAUUGUUUCUCUAGUGACUGCAGCAUCAGGGGUGAGAUCACUGUUUGCACGGGGGAGGGAUAAAACCCUCAUCCCAAAUCCAGAGAUAGUCCUUCGUCCUGCUUUUUGGACUCGCUCUCUGUGAUCAUGUGGCUCUUAAAAAACCACCACAACUGCAGCUUUUUAUUACACCGAUAAAAUGCCUACUUAACCGAAGGGGCAAACUUGGGUCUUCUGGGGGAAAGAACCCUCCCCCCUUCCUGGAAACUCUGCUGGGGAUCCACUGUAUUAAUUAUUAUUACUAGCUGUUGCUGGGCUUCUUUCCAUAGUGAUUUGCAGCAAUAGGGUGUUUGUGUGUGGCGUGGUGUUAUUGUUCUAUUGGCUUUUCUCUCUACAGUGACUGCAGCAUCAGGCUAUUGGGGUCCUGGGGGAAAGGUUCUUUGCCAGGUGGAAGAGGGGUCUCCUAAGGGACAGGAACAGCAGGUUGCUGGGGCUAAGGGAUACAUUCUACAAGGAAGAGGAGCAGCAGGUUGUGGGGAGAUUUGGGGAGGGGGGUACAUGCUCUAAGGAACAACUGCAUCAGCCUUUUGGGGUGGUGUGGGGGUGCAUCCUAUAAGGGAAAGGAGCACAGUUAGCAGCGACAGAGGAGGGAGCAGCACUAUGACUCAUUUGCAGGCAGGUCUGUCCCCAGAGACGCUGGAGAAAGCCCGGCUGGAGCUGAAUGAGAACCCGGAUACCCUGCACCAGGACAUCCAGGAGGUGCGGGACAUGGUGAUCACUCGGCCAGACAUUGGCUUCCUCCGCACAGAUGAUGCCUUCAUUCUGCGCUUCCUGAGAGCCAGGAAAUUUCAGCACUUCGAGGCGUUCCGCCUGCUGGCUCAGUACUUUGAGUACCGGCAGCAGAACCUGGACAUGUUCAAGAGCUUCAAGGCCACUGACCCCGGCAUCAAGCAGGCACUGAAGGAUGGCUUCCCCGGCGGGCUGGCCAACCUUGACCACUACGGAAGGAAGAUCCUGGUCCUGUUCGCUGCCAACUGGGACCAGAGCAGGUACACACUGGUGGAUAUUUUGCGUGCCAUACUUCUUUCUUUAGAAGCCAUGAUUGAAGAUCCUGAACUUCAAGUGAAUGGAUUUGUUUUGAUUAUAGACUGGAGCAACUUCACCUUCAAGCAGGCCUCCAAACUCACACCAAGCAUGCUGAGAUUAGCCAUAGAAGGCCUUCAGGACAGUUUUCCAGCUCGGUUUGGAGGAAUUCAUUUUGUCAAUCAACCAUGGUAUAUCCAUGCCCUCUACACAGUUAUACGGCCCUUUUUAAAAGAGAAGACGCGGAAAAGGAUAUUUCUGCAUGGUAAUAAUCUCAACAGUCUGCAUCAGCUAAUUCAUCCUGAGAUCCUACCUUCUGAGUUUGGAGGGAUGCUGCCACCCUAUGACAUGGGCACAUGGGCAAGAACUCUGCUAGACCAUGAGUAUGAUGAUGACAGUGAAUACAGUGUGGAUUCCUACAGCACUCCUGCAAAAGAACUAGAAAAAGAUCUCUCUCCCAAAUCCAUGAAGAGAUCUCAGUCAGUCGUAGAUCCUGGGGUGCCAAAACGCCUGGAUAAAAACGAAGAGGAAAACAUGCAGCCUCUGCUUUCACUGGACUGACCGUUUCUGAGCAUUGAACGUGAAUUGGGGUGGAAGGUACUGCUUUUCAGCAGCAAGCAAACCAUUGGGAAGGCAUGUACCAGCUGGAAUUCUAUUUAUUCAUGUUAAUGUAGCAUAAUGUAAUCAGGCAGCAGGUUAUGCUAGUCUGCCUAAAACAUGGGUGCCCUGGGUUGAAAAAAAAAAAAGAAUUUAUUCUGUAAGUGCCAACUUGUUUGUAAAUAUUAUGUAAUCUUCCACUUUGAAUUUGUAAGUUAUGGUAGGCGAGUAAUAUGGAAAAGUGAUUAUUAAAAUUUGUCUGUGAAAAGCACUGUAAAAAGGGAACACACACACAUGGUUAAUUAAGUUUUUUGUCCUUUCUGUAGGAAGCCAUCUUGCAGCUAUCAUAUUGACUGUUUUUUUUUCUUUUCCCUGUCAUGCUCAUGCAGCAUUCAAAGAUAAGGAGGAAUAUAAGAACUUGGAGAUAGGUAAAACCACACUGGUUACUACACUAUGUACAGGAAUUAAUUUCACCAGUAACCUUGUGGUUUUGGAUGGUGACUUGGGAUAAGUCAUGCAUUAUAGGGAAAAAGAGGUAACAGAUGAGCAGGGAACAAAUGCCUCUCCUGCCCUGUUGUUUGGCUGUAUGGAUUUGUGAGUUUUUGUUCUGUUUAGUUUACAAGAGAAGUUUGGGGGUUUGGAAGCUGCUUGGCUCAUUUGCCUAAUUUGGGGCUUUCAGUGUGUGCCAUAUUGGAGUCACUUCUGUUGCAUAUUGUGUUCACUUCAAGAAUUUUUCCAGAACAUUCUCCUCUCUUGGAGUGAAAAAAUAUUCAUCCCAAUGCAGUGUAAUAACUAGUAUUUUGAACUGCAGCUGCAGGCUCAGGGUUAAUUAUGAAACCCUGUGCACUCGGUGACUGAAUACAUAUAUAUUUUUACCAAUCUCUAACAAACAUAUAAAGUGGCAUUGUUAGACAAGAAUAUUUAAUCAAGGGUUUAUAAAAAUCAUACCUAUUCAAUGUACUUAGAGAUAUUAUAGAUUGUAUAUUGAGACUGUGAUCAUUAACAUAGUAGAAUCUUAUGUACAGCAUCCCACUUCAAGCACGGAUUAAUAUGAAUGAGGCAUAGUCAAGCUACUCAACAUAGACAUUAAAGACAUUUUUGUUUCGGU